CAAGUUUGUUCACCUAUGUAAACUAUGUGGACUGCUUCAGACCUUUAAACCGUGACUGUGUUUGACCCCGUAACCCAGUGGGUAGUACCAUGGCAACUGGCGUGGCUCCUGGGGAUGGCCAGCUACAGAGGAUUAUGAGAGAUUUACAAGAUGCUGUAGCAGAGUUGACAAAGGAAUAUAAGGAGAGUGGGGAGCCAAUCACAGAUGACAGCCCUAACCUCCAAAAGUUCUCCUACAAACUGGAAUACCUGCUUCAGUUUGGCCAAAAGGAGAAAACAACAUUUCUGGGCACUAGAAAAGACUACUGGGACUAUUUCAGCGACUGUCUGGCCAAAGUCAAAGGAGCCAAUGAUGGAAUCCGCUUUGUUAAGUCCAUUCCAGAGCUGAAGACAUCCUUGGGCAAGGGCAGAGCCUUCAUUCGCUAUUCCCUGGUGCAUCAGCGUUUGGCCGACACCCUGCAACAGUGUCUCAUGAAUGAGAGGGUCACCAGUGAUUGGUACCACCCACGCAGUCCCUUACUGAAGCCCCACCUGUGUGUGGAUAUAAUCAACCACCUGUAUGAGCUAAAUGACGUCCAGUUCGAUGUUGCUUCCCGGGGUCAUGACCUCGAUUCAGCUUGGCCUACAUUUGCCAGGAGGACCUUGGGUAUGACAAACUCACCCAGCCACAUGUGGAAGGCUCCGAGUCGGAGCUCGAGCAUCAACAGCCUGGCUAGCUCCUACUCACAGGCUCAUGAGUUUCCCUGCAGCCCAGACUAUGGGCAGGGAACACUGGCCGACCUGAACGAGUCGCUCCCAGGCGGAAUUAAUGACUCGGGGGUCAGCACUGUGGAAGAACUGCGUCUAGAGCUUGACCAGUCGGAGCUGAAGCAGAGAGAGCUCUUGGACCGUGUGCAGGAGUUGGGGGGAGAGGCCUCUGAACUCCGCAGGGUUGUAGUGGAGCUCCAGAGACAGCUAGAUACCUCGCUGGCUGCCCAGGCAAACCACCAGGAGCUUGAGCAGAACCUGAGGGUUUUGGGAGAGAGGGAACAAACCCUGGCCCAUGAACUGGAGAACCUAAGGGGCUGUAUGAGCGUUAGGGAGGCUUCCCACCAGGCCCUCCAGGAGAAACUAACCACAGCAGAGAAGAAGAAUGAGGAGCUCCUUGCUAAGCUGGAUGAAGUGCUGGAUGAGAAGGGCCAACGGGCAGCAAGCCACUUUGAGUCAGCCCAGAAGAUACAUGAGCUCCUAGACAAACUGAAAGAGGCAGAGAGAGGAAGGAUAGACGCCGUAGCAGAGGGAGACGAACGGAGGAGGCAGGCAGAACGACUUGGAGAAGAAGUAAGGAUGCAAGACGAAAACCUAAGAAACAUGGAAACAAAAAUGGCAGCCCUAAUAGAAGAGGGAGACAAGCUGCGAAAGCAGUCGGAAGACCAGCACAACACAAUCGAUAAACUUCAGGGAGCGCUUGCAGUCAAGGAGAAGGAAGCCAGCAACUUGCAGAUGCAGCUGCAAGACCUUCAGAGCUCUCUGGAAAUGUGGGAAAAACAGACAACUGAAGAGAGAAGGAAGACUCAGGAGGAAAAAGAGGACCUACAGCAGAAGAUGAGCAACAUGAAGAGGAAUUUUGAUGAACAGGUGCAAGACCUCAAGGUGCAGCUCAAAGCCAAGGAGGACAGUCUCCUUUCUAUCACCAAGAAGAAUCAGCAUCUGGAGGCAGACACCAAGAGGCUGAACAGUGAGACAGAGAGCCUGACAGGGAGCAUGGCUGAGCUGGGGGCCAGUAUUAAGGAUCAGGCUAAAAAAGUGGAAGACUACAAAGCCCAGUGCAGCAGCCUCAUGGAGCUGAAUAACAAGUUACUGCAGACAAUAAAGAGGAAUGAGGAGACUAAUAAAGAGCUUGUGGAAAGUAAAAGUGCCAUAGAGAGGGAGCUGGCUUCUCUCAGGGCUUCUGAGAAACAGCUGCGUGGCCAGAUUGACGACGCCAAAGUCACUGUAGACGAAAGGGAGAAACGGCUGCGUGAGGAGAACCGAAGCCUGGAUGAAAGGCUCCAAAAGACUAUUAUGCAACUUGAAAUGUCAGAGACACUAUGCCACAAACUGGAGCAGGAGAACAAGGACCUCAAGGAGGAGCAGAGUACUGUGAAGACCUCACUUGCUACCAUGCAGGGGGAGCUGCGUGCCAUCAAUGGCCAAAUCACUGAGCUUGAGAAGAGCUUGGGGAUCUCAAGACGCAGUGAAGCAGACCUGAUGGCGCAACUGCAUGACAAAACGUCCCAACUGGAGGAACAAGAAAGGCUCUGUGAGGAGCUUCAGGGACGAGUGGAAGACCUGACAUCCAGGAAGAAACAGUUGGAGAUUGAGAAAGAGGAGGCUGAAAGAGCCUGUACCAAGCAGAAGGAAAUGAUUGACAGUUUAGAAAUGCAUAAGCAUGCCAUCGAAAAGGCCCAGCUGGAAAAGAGCGCAGUCCAGGCUAAGGAGGCCCAGGAGACUGUCUCAAAAGUGUCCCUUCUUGAGGAGCAACUGAACCUGAAUAUGAAGGAAGCCUCCAGGCUCCAAGAAGAAGUACUUGAUCUCAGGGCCAAGCUCCAGAGUGUCACAGAGGAAAAACUAAAGAUCCAGGCCAGAUUGGAAGUCACAGAGGCCUCCUGUGUGGAGCUACAAACCUUGACAGAACAGUUGAAGAAUCAGGCAGAAGAACUGAACAGAACCCAUGUGUCGGAGCUGCUUCAAUACCGAGAACGUGAAGAGGCAGUAACCUCUGAGCGCGACAGGGAGAGCUCUGCAAGGACUGAAAUAGCAGCUGAGGCUGCCUCAGUGAGGGAAGAGCUGGCGGAGCUCAAAGUCCAAAACGAGAGGCUUGCCCUGGAGAUCGCUGAAACCAGAGAAGGGCUCCACAGGGCCAACACAGAGAUGGCAGAGCUUGGGAUGACCAUCUGCCGGCUGACGGCCGAUCGUGAGGAGGCUGAGGAGUGCUUGGCCAAAGAGGCUUCACGCAUCCAGGAGCUUGAGGAGCAGACUGAGAGAGAGACAGAAAGACUGAAUGCCAGCUUGGCUGCCCUUCGACAGGAAAAUGCCAGCCUACGGGAGGAGCUGAAACAGUCAGAGAAGCUUCCAGAAACUGUGUUGGAGCUGAAGGAGCUACUGGACAAGGCAGAGAGUGAACGAGAGGCCAGCAGAGAGGAGGUCAAUGCCGUGAAGUUCCAAAUGAGCACAGAGAACAUGACCCUCCAGAAUCAAAUUAAGGGUUUAAAUGAAGAACUGGAAAGUCUCAAAGCUCAGCUGAGGACCGAGAAGGAGAAGACAGUGGGUCUGCAGACUAAAGUGUCUGAGUUAGAGGAGAUGAACCUAGAGUAUUCUCAUCUGAUAGAGGAGAAAGAUUCACACAUCACUAAAUCAGAGGAGCUGAUUCGCCAAGGGGAGAGUGAAAUACAGCGGCUCCAAGGGAGCAUUAAGAGUUCUGAGGUGGCUCUGUCAGAUGAGCAGAAGUUGAGGGAGGAACUGAAAAAGCAGCUGGACCAGGUCUUGACCGAGAGCCAAAGCCAGAAAGUGAAGAUGGCUGCUGAGAUUGAGGAGCUCUGCGGUACCAAGACCAAUCUGGAGGAGCGGCUAAUUGAACUCAUCAGAGAUAAGGACGCUCUGUGGCAGAAGACGGAUGCUUUGGAGUUUGAGCAGAAGCUCCGUGCAGCCGAGCAGUGGUGGUUGGUAGAUAAGGAAGCCACUCACUGUCUGGGCUGCCAGGGCCAGUUCACUUGGUGGCUACGCAAGCAUCACUGCAGGCUGUGUGGCCGUAUCUUCUGUUACUACUGCAGUAAUAAUUACGUGAUGACGAAGCACAGUGGGAAGAAGGAGAGAUGCUGCAGAGAGUGCUAUGGCCAACACAACGCUGUGACUGAGAGAUUCACUCAAGCUGAGCUUAGUGGCUCGGCUGAACCCCCGCCAACGCCACCUCCACACGCGCACCCACCCAGCCAACCAGCACCUUACAAACCCACGCCAAGGGUGACAGUGACAGAUCCAAGUUCCAAGCAAGACGACAAUGCGUUUGACAUCAUUACAGAGGAAGAAGUGAACGGUGUCUAUGACAGCGACUCUCUCUCACGUACCACCACUGGCUCACAGGAAGGAGAGGUUGAGGGCAGACCAACUGGUGAUCAAAAUCUCUCAGGAGACACGACCCCCGAUGACCAAGAGGAGACAGAGACGACCGUGCAGGAUGCAGAGAUAAACCUUCUCAAGACAGGAGAACUGACACUGACUGUCCCGUUGAGUGUGGAUGAGAUUACUGAGUUUGGCGACGGUUCCCGUGAGCUGUUUGUCAAGUCCAGCUCCUACAGUGUCAUCCUCAUUACUGUGUGUGAUGCUUGCCCAAGCAUCAGCUGGGUGUUUUCAUCCGAGCCAAAGAGCAUCUCUUUCAGCGUGGUGUACAGAGACAUGCAGGAUACCCCAGUGGAGCAGGCCAAGGUUUUGAUCCCCCUGACACGGUGUAACUCACACAAGGAGAGGAUUCAGGGUCAGCUGAAGGCCCGAAACCCAGGAAUCUAUACCCUCAUUUUUGACAACUCCUUCUCAAGGUUCAUCUCAAAGAAAGUCCUGUACCACCUGACUGUUGAGAAACCCGUAAUCUACGAUGGAAGUGACCUCCCCUAGGCAGGGUGGCCUGUGUGUACAGGUUUUCUUAACAACCGAUCAAGAAUUUUUUUUUUUUUGUUUGUUUAUUUGUUUCAGUUUAGUCUUUGCAAUCAUUUUAAGUUUCAUCACUUUAAUCUGUUCCUGUACUUGUGUGUGCGUGUGUGUGUGUGUGCGUGCAUGUGAGUGCAUGUGUGUGUGUGUGUUUGUGUGUUGUGCGCCUGAGAUAGCAUCACAUGUUUUAUAUUUACCUGUAGUGAAGUAUUUAAUAGUGCAAUGUGUUUUAGCAGAGGAACUGUGUUUUUUGGGUGUUGAAGUGUGAGAUUUAACAUAGCUGAGGAUGUAUUGACUUUGACCCUCUGUUAUGGGGCAAAAUAUGAGGCAGUGCAAUGGCCUUUCUCCCCCUCAGUCACACUAAACUAUUGAUUAGUGAGGGAGGCAGAAGGCUCUCAUUUAUCAUAGAGAAUGAAAUGUCAAUUGACUAAGUGUCAAAUGGGUAAAAUGUUAUCGGGUGAUUUAGUCCCUGUUAAAUCUAAUUUUAUAGCCGAAGGUACAUUUUGGGCUACAAGUAUAUUUGAUUAACAAUAAGAAGGAAGAAGGAACGAAGGAGGACAUUUAGUGAGGAAGAAGUCAUUUCCUAAUCUCUUUUAAAAGACGAGGGUAAUGUGAGACACUCUGGUGUUUAUGUUACUGAUGGAAAAAGUCUGCUGGCCUUUUGUGAUGCAUCCAAAUCCAAGACUCAGGUGGAAAACACGCUGUGUAGUGCACACGUCUCAAACUGAUAAACUGUGCAUUCACCAGUGUCCCAGUCAACCCAUUUUAUCUCUGGAAAAAAAAAUAUUUCAAGCCAAAGGACCAUAACUUCACUUUUACAAUUCAUAUGAAAAAUAAGCUCUUAUUGCCAAGAACAAACAGGUUUUUCUAUAACUAGGAUCUACCUUCUGUAUUUCCAUCAUGUUUUAGCUUAAGAAAAUUUUAACAAUGGAUUCAUUUUCAAAUUGAUUUUAUUGUAUUUUUUUUUUUUGAUUGAUUAACGAAACUUUUUUUAUCAAGAGGUUUAAGGAGCUUAAGAAAUAUACACCAUCAUGUGACACUACAUUUCUCUUCUGUGCAGUUAAAGCAAGCUAUAAUCAUAUAUUUGUUGCAUUUAUUGAGAGAGAGAGAGAGAGAGAGAGCCCUGGAAAAAAAAAAAUGGGAAGAGGGAAGUAAACGGAAGUUGCUGGAUAUUGUCAACCAGCGAUGUAACCUUACAAAGACACAGCAAAGACAAACUCUUCUGUGUCCGACACGUCCUGACUUCUGACAAGAGUGCAGACCACCGGUCACUGCUGCAUUUUUCUUUCUUUCUUUUUUUUUCUUUUUCUUUUUUUUUAAUGUCAGACAAACUUUUAUCUAAGCAUUGGUCUCCUAUGUAGAGUCUUCAGAUGUUUUGAAAAACAGAAUCUUAGGCAUGGGUGGGGGACAUUACUUUGUGCUUUGAGAGCAUCAGUCAUUUUGUGUGGACGACUUCCUUUGAAGCCCUGUUAGAAAAGGGGUAAAGUGAUACCAAAAGAAAAAGAGGAGACCAGACAAAAUGUCAUGUAUUCAGUUUCUC